UCCGGUUGUAGCGGAAGCCGGCUGUGUCCAGUCCGGACUAAUGGCCGUGUUCUCCGCCUUCAGCUCUAGCUCCUCGGUACAGCGUCAGACCCGGGAUGAGUAACCGGACCCGGACUCUGCCCCGGGACCAUCCGCCACUCUCAGUCCACUCUGGUCCGUGAUCUGAACCCAGUCGGUCCGUCCGGUCCAGCCCCGGUCCGGGCUGCGUUUAUCCGUUAGCUGCUAGCCCCUUGCCGGCGCUAGCGUUAGCCGCGGACCGCCGACCCUUCAUGGACCCGCAGUAGAACCGGAACCAGCCUCGGUCCGGUUCUGUAACGGUCAGUCCCCGGCUCCGCGCCUCAUGCCCGGAUCAGGCCCCAGGAUGAACGGGUUUUCCCUCGGAGAGCUGUGCUGGCUGUUCUGCUGCCCGCCCUGUCCGAGCCGUAUAGCCGCUAAGCUAGCCUUCCUGCCCCCGGAGCCCACCUACUCCGUCCACACCGACCCCAGCGGCGCCUCCAGCCUCCACCUGACGGAGCGGGCCGACUGGCAGUACUCCCAGAGGGAGCUGGACGCAGUGGAGGUGUUCAGCACCCGGAGCAGCCGCGGGAACCGGGUCGGAUGCAUGUUCGUCCGCUGCGCCCCGAACAGCCGCUACACGCUGCUGUUCUCCCACGGGAACGCGGUGGAUCUCGGCCAGAUGUGCAGCUUCUACAUCGGCCUCGGAUCCAGGAUCAACUGUAACGUGUUCUCAUACGACUACUCAGGGUACGGGGUGAGCACCGGGAAGCCCUCCGAGAAGAACCUGUACGCGGACAUAGAGGCGGCCUGGCAGGUCCUGAGGAACAAGUACGGUGUGACGCCAGAGAACAUCAUCCUGUACGGUCAGAGCAUCGGCACCGUCCCCACCAUUGACCUCGCCGCCCGCUACGAAUGCGCCGCCGUCAUCCUCCACUCGCCGCUCAUGUCCGGUCUGAGGGUCGCCUUCCCCGACACGCGCAAGACCUACUGCUUCGACGCCUUCCCCAGUAUUGACAAGGUGUCCAAGGUGGCGUCCCCGGUGCUGGUGAUCCAUGGGACCGAGGACGAGGUCAUCGACUUCUCCCACGGCCUCGCCAUGUACGAGCGCUGCCCGCGUGCCGUCGAGCCACUGUGGGUGGAAGGGGCGGGGCAUAACGACAUCGAACUGUACGCCCAGUACCUGGAGAGACUGAAGCAGUUCAUCUCCUUCGAGCUGCCGGCGUCCUGAGGCCCACGGGUCCAGAACCGGGCCUGGUCCGCCUCCACGCGGUGCCCCGCCCCCUCCUGGUGGCCGGCAGAGCAGCGGCGUUCCGGGUGUUGAGGUGUGGCCAACGUGUGCAACUCAGACUUUUGGUUGUAGUGCGUCCAGAACCGGGUCGGCACCACAUGUGGACCCAGGGUGCCAACGAGCCCUAGACGCUGUUUGUACUCGCUGCUAAAUCUGGAAUCAUUUCACACUCCGACUCUCUGUCCUUGAACGCCUCACCCUGUCCGAGAACACUUCACCCUGUCCAUGUCCCUGAACGCCUCACCCUCUAUCCCUGAAUGCCUCACCCUGACCUUGAACGCCUCACCCUCUGUCUCUGAACGCCUCACCCUCUAUCCCUGAAUGCCUCACCCUGUCCUCGAACGCCUCACCCUUUCCCUGAAUGUCCUCUGGUGGUAGAGAUUCAUAUCAGUCAAUUUCAAUGACAAACAAAAUCCUUAAGUUUAAUGAAAGUAAAAGUUGUAAUAAGACCAAUCCAACGAGGUUCAUUUCAUUCAUGUUUAUUAUGAAAUGGUUCAGUCUGAGUUUGACGGAUCUUAAACUGGUUCUAAACUCAUCUGUCGACUGAAUAUUUAACACUAAUGUAAUAAAAUGUCUGACUCCAGGAGAAAAUGAAGUAAAUAUUCAAGUUAAAGUCAUGAUUUCACGUGACGUCAACUCAGAUUUGAACUUGGUUUUGGAUUCGUUGUCUCAAUCAAACUGUCCCUUAUGAUCUGAUCUGCCACUUUAGCCCCGCCCCCUCUGCCCUUGUUUGCCACGUUAACCCCACCCCCAGCCAGACCUUGGCUCCUCCUUCUCACUGAGAGUCUUUUCAGAUCUUCAAGCUUGAUUUUUUUUAUUCUUUUAUACCACGUAAAGAAGAAUAGAUUUUUGCACCUGGAGACAAAUUGAAGUUUUUUACUUAUAUCUGUUUUUACGUUGACCGGUCGAGUUCACAGCUGCACCGAUGACGUGCAGGUAUUUUCAGGUAAUGAUUUUUCUGUGUUCAGAUGUUUCUUGUUUUUUUUUUUUGUUUUUUUUUGUUUCUAUGUUUUUGCAUUCCAUGUUUUUUCUUAAUCACAGUCAGAGGCUGGAUUUGUUUUUGGUCGUGUGUGUUUUUUGUGACCUCGCUGCAGAGAUGUUCAGGUUCAAGGAUUGUUAUGAAUCUGUGGGUUAUGGACGUUCACGCCUGAACUCUGUGGAUGACGUCGCCCUGAUGCUGCUGCUGAAUGGGAAGAAGAAUAAAACACUGUUAAUAUUAACACUGUAAUGUCUGCAGUCACUGGUAAACUGAAAAUAUGUUCAUCUAGAGAAACAAACUGGACCUAAACCAGUGGACACUAAAGGUGGACGAGACCAAACAUGAACAUCAGUGGAUCUGAUGAAAUUGUGGAACUUAUUAAGCUGUGGAUUUAAUAAAACUGUGGAUCCUCCAACUGACGGAGCAGCAGGUAUCAGGACUGAACCUGUGGAAAUACCUGAACAUCAUCUGCAAAAGGACGGAGCUCAUGUCCUCAAAAAAAA